AUGUCCGGCAAUUACGGCAGCUAUCAGACCGAAAUCUACGGCAAGGGUGCCCUAAUGGGCAUCUUGCCCAGCGUAACCACCGACCCUCGCCUACUGGAAGAACAAGCGCAAAAGGCCCUAGGAGUGCGCGCGUUCAAUUAUAUGCAUGAACAAGACGUUUCAAUUGAACUGUUCGGCCAGAAAUACGAUACUCCCCUGAUCAUGGCACCAGUGGGUGUACAAGGUAUCUUCCAUGAAGACAAGGAGACUGGUUUAGCCAGUGCGUGCGCAGAAGUAGGUGUGCCUUAUACGAUGAGCACAGCGAGCACGAGCACAAUUGAAGAAGUGGCGACCGCAAGUAAUGACGGGAAAAGAUGGUAUCAGCUCUAUUGGCCGAAAGACAAUAAUGUGACACUGUCCCUGCUGAAGCGCGCCAAGGAGAAUGGGUUCUCGGUGCUGGUUGUUACGCUUGAUACUUGGUCCCUGGCGUGGCGGCCUGCUGAUCUUGAUAAUGCCUACGUACCUUUUAUCAAGGGGGUGGGGAACCAAGUCGGGUUUAGUGAUCCGGCAUUCCGGGCCAAAUUCGAGAAAGAGUCUGGAUGUCCGGUUGAGGAGGAUAUCAUUGGUGCUUCGCGGGCGUGGCUCGGUGAUGUGUUUGCUGGGAGUCCGCAUGAGUGGGAAGAUUUAGCUUUCCUGAGGGCAAAUUGGGAAGGCCCGAUUGUGUUGAAGGGAAUCCAACAUGUGGAGGAUGCGAAGAGAGCUUUGCAGUCCGGCUGUGAUGGGAUUGUGGUUUCAAAUCAUGGUGGCCGCCAAGUUGACGGGGCCAUUGGAUCUUUGGAUGUUUUGCCGGAGAUAGUCGAUGCAGUUGGCGAUCGAAUGACGGUACUUUUUGACUCGGGCAUUCGGACGGGAUCGGAUGUUAUCAAGGCGCUGUGUUUGGGAGCCAAGGCGGUUCUGGUUGGUCGACCGGUGAUUUAUGGCCUCAGUAUUCAGGGCCGAGACGGGGCCAAGCAGGUCCUCCAGGGUCUUUUGGCCGAUCUCUGGCAGAACAUGGGCUUAUCAGGCAUUCGCAACGUGGGCGAAUGCGACCGCAGUCAGAUUCGUAGAGUUCAGUAUGGAGGAGAUGUGAAGGCGAUGAUGUAA